ACCACCACCGCAGUUGAGCGUGACGAUUCGUCGCGAGAGCAUCGUGCGUUGCUGCUUCUCGCGACAAUCCACGUGCGUUUGUCCACGUGCGCUCUCGUGUGUAACGUAGUGUACCGUGCGCACACAUCGAAACAGUUAGCUGUGAGCUGUGGAACUGUGUAGAUCGUCAACGAUCACUACACAUAGGCGGUCGACAGGCGAAGAGCGACGCGACGCGACGCGCGCCCCUAAAAGCAGUUAUACGCGAGGUAGCCAGCGACGAUAGACGCAGCGCACAUACAGCGACGGUUCAGUCGAGGUCGAUCCACCGUCAGGUGAUGAUCGUCGGUGGUCACGGUCUUUCAUGCGACUAUUAUUGGGUGAUAUAUUCUAUCGGUGAAUCUUGGGAAUUGAACGCGAGGCGCGCCAGUGUGCUAUCUGUUUUGCAAUCUGUAGAACACGCGUCAUUAAAAUAUAGUUCAGGAAUUAUUUGAAAUUUUCUUGGAUCUUUUCAUCGAUCUUGUUGAUCGUUCACUUCAAGUGAAGAAAAGAAAGUGAAUUAUAAGAACACAGUGGAAAUUGAUAAGUGUGUUAGCGUGAGGCUUCUUAUGUGCCACGCUUAGCACGAUUUAUUGAGUGUUUUCAAGAGGACGAAAUGCGAUUGAGAAGUCGCGCGAAAUACGCUGAAGAUUAUUCUACGAAUUCGAACGCUGUGUUUUCGUGGUGCGAGUAACAUCGCGUGGAAAACAUCGAAUAUUUAUCCAUUAUCGAUUAUUUAUCGAACGGAAAUCAAGAACGACAAUUGACUGAGUGAAAUUUCGGCAAAUCGUCGAAAAUUUCACUGUGUUUUUGCAGAAUUAAUAAAAGGAUUUACGGUGUGAAAAAAUAAUUUUCAACCUGGAUCUAAGGACGACAAAUCUGAGCAUUUACGUGGGCGACCCUGCUCGGGUGUUAGACGUUCGCGAAAAAUUGCGUGGUAGGGAUCGCAAAGUUAGCAAAAUAGAUCCUAAAGUGAUUGACGAAGGCAUCACGACGACGGAGGACGGCGGUUACGAGGAUCGUUUGCGGGAAGGCGCGAAAGAUAGUCGUCUCGCUGGAAUGAGGGGCGAGUCGGCGCGUCCUGGUAAGCGUCCUUUAAGGGCGCUUUCCGCUUCUGAAAAGAUGGAUGCGAUACAGAGAGUUCACGAAGGAGAGAGUAAAGCAUCGGUCGCUCGAGAUAUUGGAGUGCCAGAAUCGACAUUGCGUGGAUGGUGCAAAUCCGAACACAAGAUCAGGGGCAUGGCAAGGAAUUCAUCAACACCGGAUAGCGAGGCCCACUCACCUGCUUCGUCUUCUGGUGCGAAUGUUGCAGCUGGUAAUUUGGCCGGUGGAUCGGCGAAUCUGUCAAGCGAGGAUGAGGGUCCUUGCGUGAAGAAAUCAAAAAUAGAUCAACAAACGUCGGUAAAUAGCGCGGGCACGUCGUUUGUCGGUAGUGAUGUUUGCGCCGAUACGGAUGGUAAACAGGACAACAAGCCGAAGAUCGAUUAUGUAGGAUUGAUGACCAGCAUGGCGGGCAUGAGACCCGAAAAUAGUUCACUUCUUCUGCAACAGCUGGGCCUGUUGUCCGGCGCCACCGGUACGCUUGCCAAGAAUUUGUUGAGCAUGUCACCGGCUUUAUCACACGGCAGCACCGUCGGUCUCGUCGAGAACGGUCUUCAGUAUACAAAGAACACUGCAAACGCGUGUAUUACGAACUUGAACAGUUUGAAUAGUAGUAACAAGAGGCAUAGUAUUUCGGCGAUUGCGCCAACACAAAUGGAUUCUGUAGUCGCAAAAUCGUGCAGCACACGAAAGAGUCUGCCACCUGCAGCGGAAGCGCCAUCGACUCCGGUUCCCGCGUCCCCUAGAAAAACGAACGAGAACAACAGUAUUCAAAGAUCAACGAACAAGCCUAAAAAGGACAGCAAUGUGAACAGCGGCAACAAGAAGGUGGACGAGGCGUUAUGGCUAUGGCUGACGCAGCAGCAACAGCUGCUCGGUCAACAGUCGGCGAGUUUCAACCCGAGCAUCAAUCAGCAGGAUGGCUCAUGGUUCUGGCAAUGGUACAAGCAGUGUAGCUUCCCACUGAUAACACCGACGCCGCUAGCGCCUAGUCCGGUGGCUAAGAAAUCGCCGAGCAAAGCAAGAGCCAUGCUUGACAACGUGCUUUGCAAUAAUAAUAACGAGAAUGUGAAACGAAGUUUAACCAUGGACGAGGAAUCCGCUACUGCAGCGGAAGACAUCGAGUCAACCGACGUGCCGAGUAGUACAGAAGAAGCGAUCGAACACGGCGAGAAGUUUUUCAAAUGGUUGGACAAAUGUUCUGAACCAGCGGUCACAAGGCUUCAAAUCAUACAAUUCAAAUAUCUAUUGGACAAUUUGAAAGCGUGUAGGAAGAAGUCGACUAGCUUGAAACAAAGUAGAAAGUAGGCGAGGAGAGAAGAGACAAGCUGUGAUGCUAAAUAUAUAUUCUUAGGAAAGAAGAGUGUAUUAACCGCGACUCAUGAGGUGGAAAAAAAUAGGUAGAAUCGAACAAAGACAAACAAACAAACAAAUGAUGAAAUAAAGAUGGAGAGAAAAUAAGAAAAGUUGACUUGUUGUUUCUCUCCUUAUACUAUUGUACACAAUGUACAAUUUGUUGAUCUCUUAUCGUCGAAUUCCUUCGUGUUCCAUCAAAACUUUUUUUUUUUUUUCCACUUAUUUUUGUUUCUUAUUGUUUCGUUCUUGCCGAUCCAGAGAUUCAUGUCCCUCGUGUUUACGAUUCGCGCGUGUGUGUGAAUGUGUGCGAGAGAAAUACGAAUGAAAAAAAAAUGUGUUGUUCGCCUUUUCCCACCGGAUUCUUUAUUAUAUAUCAUAAUUUAAAUGAAUCAAUGCACAAUUAUGUGUUUUAACCCGCUCCUCGUGUUUUUUUGAAUUUAAUUCGUUCUUUCUUUCUUUUAUUCUUUUUUUGAGUUACCUUAAGACCGAAUCAAAAUAGGUCAUAAUGAUUUUACAUUUUCUUUAUUAAAACCUUGUAUAUAAGUGUAUACCAAAUUCAUGAAUGGACUGUUGUAAUUAAUAAUAAAGGUUAAGAUGUUCGUAGAGAGGUAUUAUUAUCGAUUAUACUUUAUCAUUUGUUAGUAUAAGUGCGUGCGUGUGCGCGCGAUGGGAAAUUUCUUCGCGGUCAGAUAAAAAUAAAAAUAAAAAAAGAUUAUAUAGUCUCGACCGAUA